GCCCCUCUCUGGAUGUCCUCCGUGGAAACUGGGUCUCCGCGACUGGCGAGCUGAGGCUGGAUUUGGGAGCGGAAUAUCAGACUUGGAGGAGUCUGCGCGCUCUUCUGCGCGCGCCUCCCGAAAGCCGAGGGUUCUGUGCUCAUUCUCGGAGCUCACUCUCCCCACCCCACCCACUUCCUGCGCUCGCCCGGGGGGCGUGUGCCGUGCCGUUGCCGGAGUUCUGGGAAGUUGCGGCCUUCGAGGAUGGGGGUGUGUGGAUACCUGUUCCUGUCCUGGAAGUGCCUCGUGGUCGUGUCUCUCAGGCUGCUGUUCCUUGUACCCACAGGAGUGCCCGUGCGCAGCGGAGAUGCCACCUUCCCCAAAGCCAUGGACAACGUGACGGUCCGGCAGGGGGAGAGCGCCACCCUCAGGUGCACAAUUGACAACCGGGUCACCCGGGUGGCCUGGCUAAACCGCAGCACCAUUCUCUAUGCUGGGAAUGACAAGUGGUGCCUGGAUCCUCGUGUGGUUCUCCUGAGCAACACCCAAACCCAGUACAGCAUUGAGAUCCAGAACGUGGAUGUGUACGACGAAGGCCCCUACACCUGCUCUGUGCAGACAGACAACCAUCCAAAGACCUCGCGGGUCCACCUCAUCGUACAAGUGUCUCCUAAAAUCGUAGAGAUUUCUUCAGAUAUCUCCAUUAAUGAAGGAAACAACAUCAGCCUCACCUGCAUAGCAACGGGGAGACCGGAGCCCACGGUUACCUGGAGACACAUCUCUCCCAAAGCUGUGGGCUUUGUGAGUGAAGAUGAAUACUUGGAAAUUCAGGGCAUCACCCGGGAGCAGUCGGGGGACUACGAGUGCAGUGCGUCCAACGAUGUGGCCGCACCAGUGGUACGGAGAGUGAAGGUGACCGUGAACUACCCACCAUACAUAUCAGAAGCUAAGGGCACAGGCGUCCCUGUGGGACAAAAAGGGACACUGCAGUGUGAAGCUUCCGCUGUCCCCUCUGCCGAAUUCCAGUGGUACAAGGACGACAAAAGGCUGAUUGAAGGAAAGAAGGGGGUCAAAGUCGAAAAUAGACCCUUCCUCUCUAAGCUCAUCUUCUUUAAUGUCUCCGAACAUGACUAUGGGAACUACACGUGCGUGGCCUCCAACAAGUUGGGCCACACCAAUGCCAGCAUCACGCUAUUUGGUCCAGGCGCAGUCAGCGAGGUAAGCAACGGGACGUCACGGAGGGCAGGCUGCAUUUGGCUGCUCCCCCUCCUGAUCUUGCACCUGCUGCUGAAAUUUUGAUGUGAGUGCCACAUCCCCAGUGGGGAAAUUUGCCGCCACUGUCACCACCAACACAACAGCACCGACACUACGACAGCAACAAUUAAGAUAGAAUCAAAUGAAAUCUGGAAAAUCAAAGCUUAAUGGGACAGAAAUUUGAGGGAGGGGAACAAAGAAUACUUUAGGAAACAAACAAAAGUUUUAAACAGGAAAUUGCAAAUUGCCUUGCAGAUGUCUAGGUACAAGCGAGUUUUCUUUCUUUUCCCUAACGGGAAGGAGGCAUACCGGCUUGGACCCACCCACAAGCUGCCCUAUGCGGCCUUUCAGCUGUAAGAGCAGGCAAGGGCUCAGCCAGUCUGCCCACUGAAGCGCCCCCACCGUGGAACAUUCUGGAGGCGG